UGUUAGUGGAGGGGGGUUGAAGCACACUUGGACGGUCCACUAUGGAAGGUGAGCAGGAUGAGGGGAGAUCAUGGACGUGAACGCGAGAGGAGCACGCAGAUGGAGGCGGGGGUUUUACUCGGGAUGCGGAGUGAAGAGGAGAGACUCCAGACUUUCCCAAACUGGUCCAGUGAUGCGCCGGUGAGCCCUGCGGAGCUGGCCCGGGCUGGGUUUUUCUAUCUGGGAUACAGUGAUACAGUGCAGUGCUUCUGCUGUGAUGGGAUACUAAGACAUUGGGUUGAUGGGGAUACCCCACUCGGGGAACAUGAGAGACACUUUCCCACAUGCGGCUUCGUGAUGGGCAGAGACGUGGGCAAUGUUCCGUUGGGCUCGACUGAUUCUGUGGACGGACAGCUCUUGAGUCAACUGCAGCGGCUGACCGUGGACGACCAGGUGGUGCCCGGGCAGGCGGUGUGCCCGGAGAUGGAGUCAGAGGACAACAGACUGACCACCUAUCAGAACUGGCCCACCGGAGCAUCAGUGCAGCCCGACUCACUGGCGCGAGCUGGCUUUUUCUACACAGGUCAUAGCGACAAUGUGAAGUGUUUCUUUUGUGAUGGUGGUCUGAGGAACUGGGAACCAGGAGAUGACCCUUGGCAAGAACACGCCAAAUGGUUUCCACAAUGUGAAUAUUUGCUUCAAUCCAGAGGACGGGAAUAUGUGAGCAACAUCCAGCAGUCGUACUUCAACAUGACUGAGAGAGUGGGUGGAUCUCUGUCAUCAACAGAAGGGAGUAUUACCUCAGAGUUGUUGGGUGGACAGAGCUCGGUGGCAGCACCGAUGUUGUCUCCUGUGGUGCAGGCGGUUCUGCAGAUGGGCUUCCAGCGCUCACAGGUGGAGAGUCUGGUGCAGUCACACUACCUGCUCACCGGCUCACACUACACCUCAGUCUCUGACCUGGUGACUGAUGUCCUGCAGGCCGAAGAGGAGGAGAGGCAGGGUGGAGAGCCCGGAGCAGAGACCAUGGAGAGGCAGGGCAGCAGUGCAGGUGGGAAGAGAACACAGGUCACAGUCAGAGAGAAAGUGCGAUCAGACAUGAGUCCAGAGGAGCAAUUGAGACAGCUUCAGGAAGAGAGGACCUGCAAGGUCUGCAUGGACAAACAUGUCUCCAUGGUCUUCAUCCCCUGCGGCCAUCUGGUUGUCUGCACUGACUGCGCAGCCAGUCUGCGUCACUGCCCCAUCUGCAGGGCAGUUAUACGGGGGAGCGUUCGAGCAUUCAUGUCCUAAAGUUCUGAACUGAAAAGUCUUUAACAAAGACUGCUGAUCAGUGCUUAGAAAUACUCUACAGAUAUUAUCCGCUUCCAAAUUUUUGCACGUGUAACCCAAAAAUAUAAUUUUUGAAGAACUUUCAUGCAGCACUAUUUCAUACAACAGUUCACAGUGACCACAUCUGUCAAGCUUAAAAAAAAAACAAACAAAAAUAAAACACUAUGAAAGUAAUGUAAAAUAGCCCAUAUGACCCAAAUAUUUAAUUCUCUCAUCAUUUACUCACACUCAUGCUAUCCCUGAUGUGUAUGACGUUCUUUCUUCUGCAGAAAACAAAGAUUUUCAGCAGAAUAUUUCAUCUCUGUAGGUUCAUACAAUGCAAGUGAAUAGGUAACAAAAUUUUGAAGUUCCAAAGGCUGCAUAAAAGUAAUCCUUUAGAAGUGAUAUGAUAUUGUAAAUGUGGGUGAGAACCAGAUCAAUGUUUACAUCCUUUUUUCUGUAAAUUCUCCUUCCUGCCUAGUAGGUGGAGAUAUGCACAAAGAAUGCAAAUUGCCAAAAAUCAAAAGAAGAAGAAUGUGAAAGUAAAAGUGGAUAUUUAUAGCAAAAAAAUAAAAUAAAUUCAAUAUUGAUCUGUUUUUCACCACACUUUUCAUAUCACUUCUGAAGACAUGGAUUUAACCACUGGAGUCAUAUUAAUUACUUUUAUGCUGCCUUUAUAUGCUUUUUGGACCUUAAAAAUUUUGGUCACCAUUUACUUGCAGUAUAUGGACCUACAGAGCUGAAAUAUUCUUCUUAAAAUCUUUUGUUUGUGUUCUACAGAAGAGAGUCAUACACAUCUGGUAUGGCAUGAGGAUGAGUAAAUAAUGAGAGAAUUUAAAUUUUUGGGUCAACUAUUCCUUUAACUUUAAGUUAUUCACCAAAAUAAUCUACAACCUUUUUUACUUUUUUGAUUAUUUGAACUGCUUAUUUUUCCCUUUUAAGUGCUUGUCAGUCUUGGUCACAUUGAACUGUUAUUAUGCGCAGAUUCUUCCAAAAAUGUAAUUUGUGUUCCAAGCAACAAUAACACAGUUCGGGUUUUGAAUGGCAUGAGGAUGAGUAAAUAAUGACAAAAUUAUAAUCUUUGGGUGAACUAUUCCUUAAAAAAAAAAAAAAAAAAAAGACAUAAAAUGCUUUGCAUGCUUGUAAGAUAUUUAUAAUUUUUUAAAAUGUCUUAAAAAAUAAAAAGCAAAAAUUAAUACAAUUAUUACAGUUGGUGAUUUAUAAGAGGGCAUAUUGUAUUAUUAUAAAAACUUCAUUAUAAUUGUGUUAACACAGUGC